CAAAUAAUCGUCAAUGAGCUCUAUUCUGUGAAGUCUGAACUUCCGAGCGGCUGCCUCUGCAAUGAAUCAGAAAAGACAGCGGCUAUCUCCCUUUCUGAUCGUUUUUGGCACGUAACUUGGUGGCCACACAAGUGCAAAGUGGUCAACUGAGCCGUUAAAUUUAAAAAAUCCAAAAGUCGAGUUAGCGUAUAUUCUCCGCAAAUUUAAGUUUAUAAUACUUCCACUACACAAGCGGCAUGGUCGAAGCAGGAAUUUAAAUAAUCCAGAGCGAGCGGGAGUAAAUAAGCGCUAAAGAAAAAAUGCCGGACUUAGCCGUGCCCGCAGAACCCUGUUUUGAGCGCCCUCUGUUCGGAGGCUCCAUUUCCAGCACCUUUCCGCAGCGUUUUCAGGAUCUGAGCAAUAUUAGGGAGGUUCCGGAUCAUCAGGAGGCAUUUGCAGAUCCAAAUCGUGACGAAAGCCUGAUAAUUGAGCUAUUGGAUCUAAAGCAAGAUGUUGCAGAUAAUCAAAGUGCAUUGUGGUUUCUUCAAGAUCUUGCCAAUGAACAAGAUUCUUCUGGAGAUCUUGUUGUAGAAAAUGUGAGUACCGUUGCUUCAUCAGAAGUGCCAUUUCUUGAUCCAUCAACAGUUGUCACAGCUGCAGUUGGUCAAAUGGGAAUUUCAAAGGGUAGGCAAGGGAGGGAGGCACGCAAUAUAGUAAGGGUUUAUGUUGCAAACUUGCGCCUAAAGGAUGUUGGCACCGAUGUACUAAUUACUGCAUAUGAACCAUUAAUGAUCAGUGAGCUGAGCGAGAGUGCAAGAAGCAUUGGUUCUGGAGCUGCAGUUCCUGCAGCGGCUGUUGGUUGCAUGCCUGUUAUGGAAGCUUUCAGAUUAUGCCUUGCAACGUUCAAAAUUCACAACUGGAGUCUGUUUGGAUCUUAAAGGUGUUAUUUGGGAAUUUUAGUGUAUGGGAAUCUACUGUGGAUUCCAAUUGGCAGCGGUUGUAUUUAUUACUUUGAUAAAUUGCAGUUGCAUUCUGCAAAGAAGAAACUGGCAUUGUGGUGUCUUGAUUUCUUGUAGUACGAGAUAAAGAUAUGUUUGUCUUAAUGUAACAUGGCUGUAUAAAACAUAUUUUCUUUAUUUUUGUGUCAUGCUGGGGUAAUUUGCACGCAUACCUUUUUUCAGCGGCAACUCCUCGUGUCUUCAACUAUUCAAUGUCAUAAAUGUAAUGUUAUAAAA